AUGGAAAUAAAGUUGCUUUUGGUGCUGUUCGCAUUUGCUGGAUCCGCACUGUCACAAAGAAUUAGUUGUGACUAUGAGUUGAGAACGAUUAAUGGUCAACAGCAUUAUACGUGUUAUAUGAACAUUGAUAAUCCAACUGGAUGGAAUAAUUUCACUCAAGUUGAAGGCUUCCACUUCCCUGGACUUAAUAAUGUGUUUGUGACUGCAAUCAUAAGGAAUACAGCCAACUCAUCAACGACAAAUAUCCCAGAAAUAAUUUGCUCACAGUUCCCUCAUGUGACUUACAUUGAUUAUUCUUACUUAGAUCUUCAAGAAAUUAGUGAAAAUGCAUUCAGAGGAUGUAGAAAUUUGGACUGGCUGAGAUUAUAUAACAACAGAAUUUCUCAGUUUCCAGAAAACUUAUUUUUCUACAACAGGCACUUGAGGUAUCUUGAUUUAGAAGGCAAUGCAUUGACAACUCUCCCAGAAAAUAUUUUUGUCAGUCAAUUGGCAUUAGAGACUCUAGAUUUGAGCAGAAACCCAAUUACAACCUUCCCGAAUGGAGUUUUUAGAAAUUUAUUUAAUCUUCGGGAUCUCUACUUAAGAGCAGCAAAUUUACCGACAUUGAAUACAAGAUGGUUCCAAAAUUUAUUCAAUUUAUUGGAUCUCGAUCUAUCAUUCAACCAAAACCUUACAUCAGUUCCAGAUGAUGCAUUCUACAAUUUAAUAUCACUUGAAACUUUAUACUUAGCUAGAACUAGCUUGAGAACCUUCAACCAUCGUUGGUUUGAAAAUUCUAAGCAUAUUCGACAUUUGUUUAUGUACGGCAAUCAAUUGACUACAAUUCCAUCACAAGCUCUUGUCAAUUCACCUGAAUUAUUGACUGUGGACUUUGGAAAUAACUUAAUUCAAGAUAUUUCACCAAAUGCUUUCGACAACUUGGCAAAUUUAGCAAUUUUAAGCUUGGAAAGGAACGCAAUUUCAAGAAUUCAUACACAAUGGUUUAUGGAUAAGCCAGAUUUAGAAGCUGUGUACUUAGAUUUUAAUUCAAUUCCUGCUAUACCUGUUGGAACAUUUGCAGAAGCGAAUAAUCUUAGAGAUUUAGGUUUAUGGAACAACAGAAUCAGAACCAUCAACAGAAAUUCAUUCGGAAAUUUGAAUAAUUUGAGGACACUUGAUUUAGAUGGAAAUGGAAUUAAUUCAGUAGAUGAGAGAUUUUUGAGGGAACUGACGAAUUUGUUCUAUUUCUACUUCUCUGAUAAUGGCUGUGCCAAUAAUAUGUUCUUCGAUUUCGGUGGAGAUCUUGAGAACAACAUAAGAGAAUUCUCAACUUGCAUAACGAAUUUUGGAUUUACUUCUGAAAGAACAACAGAAGCUGGCAGUGGAUAUAUUUUCACUCGUGGAUACCAUCCAGGUAUGCACGUAGAAAUCAAUUCAGCAACAGAAGUUAGAAUCGCAUUGACCCCAUUUGAUGUUGUAUGGAAUCCAAUGCUUGAAAUUGUCUUCAGUAGGGAAACAAUUAGGAUUGUUAGAAAUCAAGUUACAGAUGUUGCUGUUGUUCCAAAUAUAAGAACUUUCUUACCAGCAGCUGGAAAUAGAUUCAGAAUUUCUUGGUUUAGACAGGUUGUGUCUGUGUUUGAUGGAAAUGAUGAAUUCCCAUUCAUUGCUUAUACUAUGGAGGAUUGGGUUCCAAUCAACUUCAUGGGAUUAAGAUCAGAACGAAGUCAAGGAUUCUGGUUUUUGGAGCCUAUUGAAAUACCUCAAGCAAAUUAA